AUGAGCCCGGAAUUUCUGGCACUCACUAAGAAUUAUGAUGCUUACAAAGAAAGUAAUGAUGUACUUGUUGAAAAAUUGGAAGCAUGCAUUCAGCAAAAUAAAAGUACCAUUGCUAGUGGAGAAAUUGUUAACAUCCCAAAUGAGAAUCCAUAUGAAAAACUUUCAAAUGCAUUUUUUUUAUUGUACGGUUGCUUACCACCUGAUAAGAUAACAGCUAUUCAAUCUUUGAUCUCUAUUACACAAAAUUUAGCCAAAGUACAACGUGAAAACCAGCUAAAUGGACGGAAAGCAAUUCGGCAUUUACGACGAUUUUUCGCAGUUGAAUAUAAGGAAUUAACAGAUGAACGAACAAAAUUGGAAAAAGCACGUGCAGAUAUGGAUCAUAUGAAGCAUGAAGUAAAAAUAGCAAAUACAACGGAAAAAAUUGAAAAAUAUGCUAUACUUUAUGAGCAGGCUGUUGAAGAAUUUGAUGGACAGGCACGUCGUACUAUUGUUUUACUCAAUCAAUUACCUAAAAUUAAAAGAACUCAUUUGGUAUGA